AGCACGCUUUCGUCUUCCUCCUUCCGCCGUCCUCCGGCGUCUUAUCCCCACACGUCGCUUGCCGCCCGGAGCAGGACUGUUGGAGGUCCACAGACGGCAGUGAUGGCGGAAUUGUCGACGUCUUCGGAUGGAUUGGUGGCCGAAGAAGCGAGGCAGCAGGAACCAGGCCAAGGAAGCUCUGGAGGUAGUCAUGGUUUGCAAGACACAAAGGAGCAGGAAAUAAGAAAGGGGAAGGCGGCUCUUGUUUCCACUGAACUGCUGAGGGAGGAUCUGGUUCAGAGUGCUGUUACUUUUCUGAAACACCCAAAAGUAGUAGCAUCUUCGGAUGGACAGAGGCGAUCUUUCCUUGAAAAUAAAGGACUCACUAUGGAUGAAAUAGAUGAAGCGUUUCGACGUUUACAAAGCCCAUCAUCGAAUUCUGUGAGCUCAGAUAUGUGCACAUCUCAAGGGGUGUCUGAUCAUUCGUGCAGGAUUACUGAGCAGGAGAGUAGAGCUGACAAAAAUUGUAUGGACGAUUCAGAGAGGUUGUUACCUGAAGCUGAACCUGUGGCCCCUGUGGUACCUCGUCAUCCAAAAUCAUAUAUGGAGAUCAUGGAAAUGAUACAAAGGGGUGAGCGACCAGAUGAUAUCCAGGAUAUUAAUGAUGACCCUCCAAAUCCUGAUCAACCAAUCUCAGAACCUCGUAUGGCACCGAAACCAAAGCCAUGGGAAAAGCAAGGUCAAGGAAGUUCGGCCUGGGAUUUGAAAUCACCACAAAGGGAACCCGACGUGUUGAGAUCAGAAGUUCAGCACGAUGGCACCAACAAGGCCACAGAGUUGGCCGAUGACUCUCAACAAGGCGGGGACUCAUUGCUGCAAGCAGAAGUAGCUGCUGGUUCUGAAUCUCCUGCAACUCCGAAUGAAGCCACUUCUUCGCCGGAGUAACCACGAAAACAAAUGACAAUGUAAUCAAACGUGAUAGAAAAGGUCGUCUCGGCCUAUAUAUAUCUCUGGCUAAAGAGGCUCAGUACCACGACACUGUUCUGAAUUCUGAUGCUCUCUGAGGUUUUUGAGUUUACAAUAAAUAAAUGUAUCCGUGAAUCCGUCACUGGACAAUCUUUUUAGCUGCUGGGAAGUGGGAAUCAAAAGAGCAUACAAACCUUGUCCCA